AUGUCUAGUGGAGAAGUCAAAAAGGUUUCACCCCAAGAUUUACAACUGGUACAAAAUCUUAUAGAAAGAUGUCUCCAGCUUUAUAUGAGCCAAAAGGAAGUUGUUAGCACACUACUACAUCAAGCCAAAAUAGAACCUAGUUUUACUGAACUUGUUUGGCAGAAACUCGAAGAAGAAAAUCAAGAUUUUUUCAAAGCUUAUCACCUGAGAUUAAUAGUAAAAGAUCAAAUAAUGAAAUUCAAUAAAUUACUCCAGACACAAGCUGACCUCAUGCAUCAAAUGUCAACUUCAGUUCCUGUCUCCAACAGAUCUCAUGUUCCUCUAUUGCACCAAAAUCCUUCAUGCUACACCCAAGAUAAUACUACACAAACACAACAAGGAAUGAAAUCAGAAUCUGGGUAUACAGAUGCAUCUUCUUUUCUGUAUAAUCCUGCAAAUAAUGUUGAAGAAAGACACCCUGUAAUGGCAGAUGUACAUGUCCCUAUUCCUUCCUUUAUUUCUGAAGAAUCCAAUCCAAAGCAUGUGAUUGUGAAUGAAUCAAUGGAUUCAUCAUCUUUUGGAUUUUUGGGACAAAUUCCAAGAAGCUUUAGCCUAUCAGAUUUGACAGCAGACUUCUCCAUUAGUUCAGAUAUAUUGGACAACUAUGCUAAGUCACCCUACCUAGCACCUGACACAGACUUCUUGAAUCCUCAUGGGAAUGGAGGCAUCCAACAAGGAGACAGUAAAAGGUUGGACACUAUAUCAGAAGGCUUGAGUUAUGAAGGAUUUGGCAGUGAUUGAUAUAUUCAUAAUCAUUAUUACUUAAUGAUCAUGGUCGAUGUUUAGCCCAAGAAAACAGAGCUUUUGGUAAAUAAUUUAAUGGAAUUCGGACAUAUCAACUCUCAAAUAAUGUUGAUGAUGGUUGUUUUAUAGAGCUUGAUGAUUUGUUAUUCAUAGUGUUAGAUUUAUUUUGAUGUUUCUAUUUUUUUCUUUUUGUGUGUGUUUUGUUUGUUUUGUAGAGGCUGAUGAUUUGUUAUUCAUGGUGUUUUAAAAUAUGAAUUUUAGGUGUAAAUGAUUCCUGACACG